GACUCUUCAUUUUCCUGGAGUUUUCUGGCUGCUCUGCUGGAGCUAUGCCGAAAGUCGUGUCGCGGUCGGUUGUCUGCUCAGACACCCGGGACCGCGAGGAAUAUGAUGAUGGCGAGAAGCCCCUCCAUGUCUACUACUGUUUAUGCGGCCAGAUGGUCCUGGUGCUGGAUUGCCAGUUAGAGAAAUUGCCCAUGAGGCCCCGGGACCGGUCUCGCGUGAUCGAUGCCGCGAAACAUGCUCAUAAGUUUUGUAACACAGAAGAUGAGGAGACUACUUAUCUUCGGAGGCCUGAGGGCAUUGAACGUCAAUACAGGAAGAAAUGUGCAAAGUGUGGACUGCCGCUCUUCUACCAGUCCCAGCCGAAGAAUGCUCCUGUGACCUUCAUUGUGGAUGGAGCAGUAGUGAAAUUUGGCCAAGGCUUUGGGAAAACCAAUAUAUAUACUCAGAAACAAGAGCCUCCUAAGAAGGUUAUGAUGACCAAAAGGACUAAAGACAUGGGCAAGUUCAGCUCUGUUACGGUAUCUACCAUUGAUGAAGAAGAAGAAGAGAUAGAGGCUAGGGAAGUUGCUGACUCCUAUGCACAGAACGCCAAAGUGAUUGAAAAGCAGCUGGAGCGCAAAGGCAUGAGCAAGAGGCGGCUGCAAGAGUUGGCUGAAUUGGAAGCCAAGAAAGCAAAAAUGAAGGGGACCCUGAUCGACAACCAGUUCAAAUAAUCAGGAUCUUUCUGAGUUCAGACUGAAGGCAGCACUUAGAUCAGGAAGAAUAGCUUCAAGAUCUCAUGGACUGGUUUCUGUUUGUCCCAGGAGGGUUUUCUGACCAUCCCUUUGGUUUCUGACACUGUUUUUCUGUUCUUUUGUUGAAGUCCUUGACUCCAUUUCACUUGCUUUCUAGGGGGUAGAUUGUUUGUAAAAUCUCUGUAUAUAUAUUUUCUGUCUUUCUUGUCUUUGAGGUCAGGUCUUGUUACAUACCAGAGGAUGGCCUUGAACUUUGUGAGUCUCCUGUCUUAGCCUCUCUAGUGUUGAAGUUACAGGACUGUAUCACCAUGCCCAGCUUCUGUAACAGCCCUCUUUUCUUUUGAAGUUGACUUCUUCUGUGAUAUAGUUAGAGCUAGUAAGCGUUUGGCUUGUCUCUAGUGUCUGAGGUAGAUGUUUUUUCUUCUUCAAAGCU